AUGGCUUUGAGGGCUACAAACUGGGACCGAAUUUACAUCCACAAGACAAAUGGCAGAAAGAAUGAGAAUGGACGCCCGGUGAUGUCGAGUGUCCUCAAUUGUGCCGAGAGACUUUUCGGCGGCUUCGAAGAAACAGUGAGUAUCACUAUUGUAGAAGACGAUCGAAGUGAGAUAUUCAAUGUGCGAGAAUAUAUAUCAAUUGGUUGGUCAUGGCAACAAUGGCUAAUCUGA